GACAAUCCAGAACUAUCUAAGGAGGUGCCAUGCACAUACCUGCGGCAUCUCAGCGGCAUAACUCCAAUCCCUGUUCCCUACCCUACACCUUCCUUCCCCAUGCUAUGCACCAAUCUCUUCAAUCACGAAAUGAGGGGUCGAUCAAAAGCCGAAAUAUGAUAAAACCCCCUCAAUUCCCCUAAGUUCAAUCGCACGCGAGCUUACCAGCUGCGCUCCCGGACUUGACUGCCUCUAAGUGUUAGGCUCCUAUUCAUACCGCCAUCAAGGGCUGCACCUACCUCUAAGUGUUAGACGCGAUAAUUCGAUAAGACCGAGCGGGAUGGAAGCGUUCCAUACGGUUUACGUAAAGGAUGGAAUGGAAAAAGGCAAAACGAGAGCCCGAAGUGGGGGAGGAAUGUCGAGGCCGUUGAUAGCCUUUUGUGCCGUAUCUGAAUGUGUAUGUAUGGGGUGAAGUGGGUUGCCCGGUUUGGUGAUGUUCCUUAUGUGCUCCAUGUGACCCGCACACUUGGCUUCGGCGCAAGCUGGGACGGAGGAAAUGGGUUGGAAGGGUGGCCCUUUGCGGGAGAUUGUACUGAGUAUGUAUUGGCAGUUGGUCCCUGGUGGUGGUGGAGCAGUAGUAGUGGGGUUGAGACUAGAUGGGGGAAGCAUGAUUUAAGGAACCGAGAUCCCCUCUAUUUCUUCUCUACCGGUAUUCUCCCUCCCUCCCCACUGCUCCUGUCGUCCCUCGAGCCUCACAGCUCGUGCCUACUUUCCCCACUGCUGUGCCUACGUUCCAUAGGUUACUAUCAACUGAUAAUCGCGUAAGUUACCUCCCUCCUUUCUACCCCAUGCCUUCUCUUGGGUCUCCCUUCCAUCCUUCUUAUCUUCCUGAUCCUCCCACAAACCUUUUCUCCUUUCCCUUCUUGCCCCCCUUCCUGCCUUUCUACUCACCCCGCUGCAAUCUUUCUUAUCAUUUCUCUCUCUAAAAAAAAGCGUCUCUCAUUCAAACAACUAUCAAAAUGACUGCCCCCUCUACCAUUGCUACCAAGUUCCUUCCUGCGAAGGACCAGCUUGGAUUAGUUGCUGUUGGCUUCUCAGGUGGCCAGGUAUGUUUGGGAAUUUGUCCCCCUUUGUGUUAUUGCUGCUUUCCUGAUGCCCCCUUGAGCUUCCAGCUCAUUUGAGGGAGGUUUGUCAGUUUUGGUACCUUUGAGCCUCACUGAUCUGUUGAGUAGUGCAAAUCUGGGGUCGAUGCCGCUCCCUCUGCUUUGAUUGAGUCUGGGCUCUUGACCGACAUUCAGGAGACUUUGGAAUACACUCUCUAUCAUGAUGGGAUUGUACACGGUUAUGCAAAACAUCUUCCCGCACCGGGAACUGACCUUCCUCUGCAUGUGGCUGGAGCAAAGGCUCCCAUGAUCAACCCAAUUUCUGUCUCCAAUGUUACACAUACCCUCUGUGACCAGGUUUACGAGCACGCUUCCAAAGGACGCCUUGUUCUCACCCUGGGAGGUGAUCAUUCUAUUGCUAUUGGUUCUGUUUCCGGUACCGCAAAGGCGAUACGCGAACGUCACAACUCUGAAAUGGCACUCAUCUGGGUUGACGCCCAUGCAGAUAUCAACACUCCUGAAUCUUCCGGUUCCGGAAAUAUUCAUGGCAUGCCAGUUUCCUUCUUGACCGGGAUUACCAAGGCACCAAAGGAAAACCCUAACAUUUUUGGUUGGAUCAAGGAUGAACAUAAAGUCAACCCUUCCAACAUUGUCUAUAUCGGUCUUCGCGAUGUCGACAUUCCAGAGAAAAAGAUCCUUAAGGAUCAUGGUAUCCGCGCUUUCAGCAUGCACGAUAUUGACAGGUACGGUAUUGGCAAGGUUAUGGAUAUGGCUCUUGACCACAUCAAUUGCGGUCCCGGGCAAGAGGGUAUGCCCAUUCACUUGAGCUUCGACGUCGACGCCUUGGACCCAUAUGUGUAGGUUUUUUUUUUUUUUCAUUUUUUUCUGCUUGUACCCUUCUCCUACUAAGGAGCAGUAGCGCUCCGAGCACUGGCACUCCCGUACGCGGUGGACUCACCUUGAGAGAAGGAGACUUUAUCUGCGAAGUUAUACAUGAGACUGGAUAUCUUGUGGCUAUGGACCUUGUAUGGCUCCUUCCAUUAUUUCUUGGCCUCCACUAACAUCCACAAGGUCGAGGUUAACCCCGCCCUCUCAGGGGACGGCCCAGAGAGCAUUGGUGCCAAGGAAACAAUUAGAGCUGGUUGUAGUCUCGUUCGCUGCGCCUUGGGAGAGUGUCUCUUGUAGGGAACUUUUUUCCUUUUCUUAAUGUUUACUCUAAUUUCUUGAUUUUUUUUUUUCGGAGUUUGAUAGAAAAUAGGGGAUAGAGAUCGUUACUGCGUUACGGACAUUCACAACAUACGGCUUUUUUCGGCGAUAUAAAUUAAUGUUAUGUCUGGUCCUGUCCAGGUUUAUGUUUAUGUUUG